AUGAAGGAAAUGGCCACAUAUCUAAUGCUCGUCUUGGGUGGAAACGCAACUCCCUCCAAGUCUGAUGUCUCGACUGCCUUGAGUGCCGUUGGAAUUGAAGCCGACGACGCCAAACUCUCCGCCUUGAUUGCCGAAUUGGAAGGAAAGGACUUGGACGAAAUCAUGGAAGCUGGAAAGAGCAAGCUUGCCAAGUUUGGAGGUGGUGGCGGCGGCGGAGGCGGCGGUGGUGGCGGCGGUGCCGCUGCUGGAGGUGCCGCAGCCGAAGAAGAAAAGGAAGAGGAGGAAGAAGAAGAGGCUGAAAUUGGUGGAGGCAUGGAUAUGUUCGGAGGAGAAGGAGGUGGCGGUGGUGACUAUUAA